AUGUCGAAAUUGCGUCCUAUAUUGAAUCUAUCCUAUUGCCGGUAUUACAGUGUAAAGCAGGCGAAGAAGAAAUUACCUAUAAUAACGUGUAAACGGCCGGAAUUCAAUCAUUAUGAAGGUCAGAGUUACAGUAAGUUUGACGGGAUUCCUCUGGCUUCUAAAGGUUGGAUGAGCAAAAAAUCCAAGAACGAUUACUUUAUAAUUUAUGGGAAUGCGAAUCAAAAGGAAGAAAAACCAAUUUACAAGAAGAGUUUCGAAGAAAUCGGUGUUUCACCUGCUUUAAUUGAGGUUAUGUCAGAGCAAGGGUUUUCUUUGCCGACUGCUAUUCAAGCAAAGGCGGUCCCUUCUAUAUUAAGUGGUACCAACACUGUAAUGACCGCGGAGACUGGUUGUGGGAAGACGUUGGCGUAUUUGUUGCCAAUAUUCCAACAUAUAUUGGAGUGGAAACCGAGCAUUAAAGAAGAAUUUAACAGUCCUUUAGCUGUUGUUAUAACUCCGAGCAGAGAAUUGGCUACACAAGUAGGAGAGGUGGCUCAAAACAUGGCCCAGCGUCUAAACCUAAACGUAACCACCCUUGUAGGAGGUCGCACGAAACAGAAAAUGUUGAACCCACCAAUAGAAUACUGUGAUAUUCUAGUCACAACGCUUGGUGCAUACAGCAAACUGGUUACAACCGGUAUUUUUAAGAUCAAUAACGUUCAUCACAUAGUUCUCGAUGAAGCGGAUACUUUGUUAGAUGACAGUUUCAUUGAAAAAGUUUCACAUUUAUUGAAGAAGUUCCCCAUUCAACACAAAGUCCAAAUCCAGACACCGCCGGUGGGCUGUCAGAUAACAUUUGUGAGUGCGACCAUGCCUCAUGAGCUGCCAGCAGCAGUGAAUUCCUUUGUAGACCCUGAGUCCUUGAAGACAGUCACCACCAGCAACAUUCACCGGAUACUACCUCAUGUUCCACACAAGUUCAUGCGACUCGGUAAAGCCCAGAAACCAGUAGAACUGCUCCGGUUAGUUCAAGCAGACAUGAAUCAAAAUCGUCCAGUAAUGAUCUUCUCCAACAAGACUUCCACUUGCGACUUUGUAUCGAUGUUUCUAAACGAGAAUAAUAUCGAAUGUGUUAAUAUAAAUGGCCAGAUGGCGGUUGCUUUGAAAUUGGGCAAAUUUGAUCUUUAUAAAAGCGGGAAGGUCAAUGCUCUGUCUUGUACUGAUAUUGCUUCAAGAGGAUUGGAUACUUUAAGGACACAACAUAUAAUAAACUACGACUUUCCGCUGUACACCGCCGACUACAUACAUCGUUGCGGUCGUACCGGCCGUAUGGGGUCACCCAAGGACUGUCUCAUCACUAACUUCGUUGCCUGGCCUCGAGAAAUAGAACAGGUACAGAAAAUAGAACUUUCUGUUAGAAAACACAGUGAGUUACCCAGUGUUAAUGCUAAUAUUAGACGGAUUAUUGAAGAGAGGGUCGUUAAAAUGGCCGGAGUUUUGUAA